AUGAACACCGACUCCCUGAGGAAUGCGGCAUCCAUUGCAUUUGAACUUCAAACUUCACCAAAACCCUCGAAAGAGAUACUAAAGAAGUAUGGCUCUCGUUUCCCAUAUGAAGAUGUGAAGGCUAUGCCCACUCUUAGAAAUAAGAGGCAGGUUAAGGAGAAAAAGAGUCAAAUCGUAAAACUGCUGUUUCGGGAUGAGAUUGAGGACAACAUUGACAUAUCCCGUACACCAUGUUUUGGCAAAUUAAAGUGA